AUGGAUGCCAAAACAGAUACUAAGAAACCCAAACCUCGCCGACUGUUCUCGUUCGAUUCAGUAAAGUCCGUAACGUCGUCGCGUCGUUCCUCGGCGGCAUCCUCAGAUUACGAAGGACCGAAAGGUGCACGACCGCUGAAUCCGUUCGAGCUAUCCAAUGUGCAAGAAAAGGAUGAAGAUGACCCGGAAGGAACGGCACAAUAUGCAAGACGUAUCGUCGAGCAACCCAUGACAGACGCGCAGCAGGACGACGGCUCGCGGUCGCCACCGUCAACAGAUCCAUUUGCAGAUAUGCAGAGUCCAACGAAGCUGGAGCCCGUUCGACCUGUGCCUCUAAGAGCAAUGCGAUCAUUCAAUUCGGAGGGUCAGCCUUCGACGCCCUCUCCUACUCGCGCACGAUGGGAGAGUCUGAGGCAGCAUGUCCUGCCUGCGCAUAUUCGGUCAAUGUCUCCCCCUCCGAGACCUGGGUCAGCGCAAUCGUCUAUUCAUGGCAAUCUCCCCGUGAGGUCAACCACGCCGAAGCCUUCCAGACUGGCCAGACUUGGAUUCAAGCAGGUUGUGGAGCAAGCAAGGGAUAUGGCAGAUGAUACGCGCAAAUUAGGGGAGGAAAUCAUGCGUGGGUGUGCUGUUGCUCGAUAUCCAGAAAUGCAAAAGUCGUCAAAGGAAAAUUUAAAUCAUGGGUCGACAGUCAAUCUAGCAGGGGUACAAGCUACAGGGUCUUCGAGGAUGGAUUACCUCCGCCGCCCUCAGUCUGUGGUUUCACUUGCUACCACAGCUGCUGGGACCUUAGGAUCACAAGGACCGUCACUUCGAUUUUUGUACCAAAUUUUGGUGUAUCAUUCUGGUCCUGAAGAACAUAGCGUAUCCCCCCAUCUGCCAUACGAGAGCCAGGUUUUGUCAACUUUACUAUGCCCUUUCUUGACACCUGUAAAAUACCCUGGAGUGAGACUGGAAGAAGAAACAAUCACCGCGAUGGAAUCCUUUGAGUUGGUAUCCCGGAGCUGGACUCCAGUUGAUGAGAACGCCUGUGUGGAACGUUGUUUGUGGUGCUGCAAAGCAGCUAGUAGUCUUUCACCCAGUGUGUUGAGGACGCGGAUAUUAGGCUCAUUGUGGCGAAUCAUCGUUCCAGGCGACAGCAAUAGAAUUCUUUUAUCCCCUCAGGCGUUCCGGUCUAUUGUCAACGGCUUGUUGAUGUUAUUGCAACCCAUUCAUCCAGAUAUCGGAUCCCUUCAAGAUAUAAUAUUUCAAUAUCUCUCGGGGUCAUUGGGAGAAAUCGAAGAUGAUCAAGUGGAGGAAACUUAUGGUGUCGAGUUCGGAAUUGCCGACCGAAGGCAUAUGCCAAGUGUGCGACGCGCUAUCUUUUUGGAUGCGUUGGUUAGUACCAUUGAGAAUAGUGGUGGAACCGGAGAGUGGCUGUUGUGCAAUGUUAUCGAGCUGACUCUUGGACAACUCUUCAAGCCUCCAUUUGUUGUCGAAGGCUGA